UUUCCCUUUCUCGACAGAGCAUUCUGGGCAGACUUUUCCGCAGCGAGCGAGCGAGCGCCGAGGCGCAUUCCCUCUGCCAGGAGAAGCCCUUGGAACAGCUCGCCGGACUCCAGGGAGCGCUGUGUCGCCGCCCGCCGAGGGAGGGGAGCCGCAGGAAGAGAAGGCGGUAGCCCACCAGGCGCAUCUGGACACGGGAGCCGAGGGCGCAGCCUUGCCUCGGUGCGGCUGAUGGGCGCACUCCGGCCAGCAGCCAGCCACAGCCACAGCUCCGGGCUCCAGGUGGACUGCAUUUCUUUUUAUGAAGUUUCACUAAUGGCUUGACAUUAGAAAAUUAAACAGAAUUCUCAUCAUGGAGAAUACAGAUGCAGAUAACUGGACAUCAAAAGCAGAGGAUAAAAAUCCACCCCAAAGUCCCUAUUCUGUUGAAACCCCUUAUGGCUUCCAUUUAGAUCUUGACUUCCUGAAGUAUGUUGAUGACAUUGAAAAGGGAAAUACUAUCAAGAGAAUUCCAGUCCGCCGGAAAACAAAGCACCCCAAAUUUAGCACCCUGCCUCGGAACUUUAGCCUUCCAGAAAAUGGAUCCAAUGUCUAUUCAUCCUCCUUAAACAAGAGUUUCGUUACACAGAGAAAGACCUCUUUGGAUGCAGAGGAAAACAGGUCCCUAGUCACACCCAUUGACAUGUCUUCAUGUUCACCUCUUCCCCAAGAACCGAGCUACAGAAAGAAAGCCCUGCUAAUAGAGACUGUCAAACAAGUUCAUCUUCCUCUUGAAGAGGAUACUUCCAAUUGUAAAGGAAGGCCUCAGCUUCUAAGGGCAUCCAGUAUGCCUGCCAAACUUCCACCAAUUCCAAAUUUAGAAGAAGAAACUCAUCAAGCAGCUUUUCUCCCUUCGGGAUUUCUUCAGUCUUCCAACGGAAAUGGUUUAGAGCUUGAUUUUAGCCCUGCAAAAAAACCAUCUGAGUUAAAUAGUUCCAAAAGAUCUUCAUUACCCCUUCAUGAAAAUCUAAUAGAUUUGAAAGAGCAAAUCAAUAAAGACAUCCAAGAUUCUGAUAAAUGUCCAGGACUAAGGAGAGAAGUUCAACAACAAACAGAGCUUCAUAAGGAAAUAACACAACUCAGUGAUCCACAGCAAAGCCAACCCCUAAUUUCUCAGAAAUCCCCUGAGGUGGUUGAGAGUGGAGAAAAAUGCCAUGCGACACAGGUGAAUGUCUGUCCAUCAUCAAUUCAGAGUAGAUUGGUCCCUACUGGUACCUCAGAAAACAUGUCUAUAAAACAAUCCCAGGAAGAAGUAGAACUUAACAUAUGUGAGACUGUUACAGAAGAAGUAGAGGAAGAGGAUGAAGUUACAAGUCUUAGUACUAAAGAAGUGGAAAAAAAUAUAGAACUUGAGCCCUUUCUUCUCACAACUCACAGCAAUAUAAGAGCAUUACAGCAGCACAUUGCAAUUCUGGAGAAGCAGCUGAAUAACAAAACAGAAGAACUUGAGCAGAUCCGGGUGGUUUUGAAGCAACAGGAUCAAGAAAUGAAAGCAAAAGAGAGAAGCAUUGAAUUGCUAGCAAGUUCUAAAGCACAGCUGGAAGAGAAACUCUGUGGGGAGAACAUCAAAGAAAUUAAGCCAGGUGUGCAGGCCAGAAAACCCCCCCAAUACUUUGAUGUUGCUGUGAAUACUGAACAUGUACAUGAAAAGAUAACACAUGAAAUUGCUGAAAGCAUCACAGAGCCUGUGGAACUUCUAGGAGGUGAUACUUAUGAGGCUGAUGAUAAAAAUGUGGAAAUACGUAAGGAGUUACUCUGUACUGAGAUAUCAAAUGUUUCUGCUGAUGAUGGAGGAAGAGAUAAACCUAUUUUUCAGAGCAACAAGGAAGGAGAAAGAAUCGGUCAGGAUAGUGAUUGCUCCAUUGUGGAACCAAGCUAUAAUGUGCUACAUGUUGAUAAUGAAAACAACAAGACAGAAAGAAACCCUUUGACCGCUCAGCUGUUGGUUCCUGGUGAAGAAAAUUGUUCUGGUCCCAAGACAGCUGACAUAAAAUCCAAAGGAAUGCAAAUCAUUUUUCAAGAAGAUGCACAGCGAGAUCAGGAGGAACAGAAUUAUCAACAAGCAAAGGAAUCACCUGCAGACCCCAUUGUGGGCCAAUAUAUUAAAAAAAUACAGGAUCUCUUACAAGAGCAAUGGCUGUGCCUCGAACAUGGGUAUCCCGAGCUAGCCAGUGCAAUAAAGCAUCCUGCCUCAAAGCUCAGUUCAAUCCAGAAUCAACUUGUUAAUUCUCUGAAUUUGCUGCUCUCUGCCUACUCAGCACAGACACCAACAGACCAAGAGAAUUCCAACACACAGUAUCAACAGUUGGAAAUCUCUCCAAGCACAAGUCUGAAAUCUAUUAUGAAAAAGAAAGAAGCUGGUUUCCACGAAGGAAGUAACGGCACCAAAAAGAACCUUCAGUUUGUUGGGGUAAAUGGUGGUUAUGAAACCACGUCCAGUGAAGAUUCUAGCUGUGAAGAAAACUCCUUUGAAGGUGAUUCAGAUAAUGAGAUGAAUAGAAAACAUGGGAAUGAAGAGCAAAGUUGGGGGGAAGAAGAUGAACAAUCAACAUCUGCCACUCCUCAAAGUGCAAAGAAGGACUGUGAUCCAGAAAAACUAGAGGAAACCACACAAUCAACAAUGCAAGAUAAAGCUGAGCGAUUUAGACCUUCCGGAGAUUUUCUCAAAGGGUGCCAGAUCUUAAGCAAAAACAUGUCAGAAAUAAGGACCACAAAGGAAAAAUUCCUGAGGCAUGUAUUGAGCACUGUCUGUCAGGAGUGGUUCCGGAUCUCGAGCAGGAAAUCGUCUUCUCCUGAAAUUGUUGCAGCUUACCUCCAGGAGAUUGAGGCGGUUCAUCCCCACCUACAGAGUGUCAUUGUCAAUUUAGCCGAUGGAAAUGGCAACACAGCCCUACAUUACAGUGUUUCGCAUUCUAACUUUUGGAUUGUGAAGCUUCUUUUAGAGACAGGUGUUUGUGAUGUGGAUUAUCAAAAUAAAGCUGGGUAUACAGCAGUAAUGAUCACUCCACUAGCAUCAGCAGAGACCGAGGAAGAAAUGGAAGUAGUCAAGAAGCUCUUGCAAGAAGGCAAUGUCAAUAUAAGGGCUAGCCAGGGUGGACAGACAGCCUUAAUUUUGGGAGUGAGCCAUGAUAGAGAAGAUAUGGUGAAAGCAUUGCUGUCAUGCAAUGCCGAGAUAAAUCUUCAGGAUGAAGAUGGCCUAUCACCAUUAAUGGUGGCUUCUCAACAUGGUAAUUUGGAGAUGGUGAAACUUCUUUUAUCUCAUUCAGGCUGCGAUCCUACAUUAGUGGACAAGGCUGGCAAUUCUGCUUUGUCCCUGGCUUUGAAAUCUGCCCACAUGGAAAUUGUAGAGUUCCUACGGAUCCACAUACAUCAUACUCAAUCUCUGAAUACAUAAAAGGAAAUGGAAAAAACUGUAUUUGAUUGAAUGAGAAAUUCACAACAAAAGACGUAUUGUAUUAGCCAACUCUGUAACCACUUUAUAUGCCAAUGAUUUAGCUGAUAACUACCGAUGUAUCUACUUACAUAAAAAAAAGGAAUUAUGGCAAUUUAUUUGCAUACAUUCCUCAUAAAUGAAUCUCUCUUCUAAGCUGCUUUUUUACUCCUAACCUGUGACCACUGAAACAAAUGAGAAUUAGAUUAUUGCAUUGCCUUUGUAUUAAUAAUUAUUCCCCCCUCCCAAAUUGUUGCCUUCUUCAGGGGGAAAUGUCAGUCUAUUUUUUCAUUUUUCAAAUGUGAAAAACAUUAAGAAGUUACCUGUGAAAAGCACUAAUUAUUUGUUGACUCUGGAUAUAUGACUUCAGUUGCCUGGAAUGAUGUUUAUAAGGAUAACCUGUUUAUAAGGAUAAAGUGCUUCCAAAAAUUUUAUGAACACACCAAAGCUAUUCAGUGAAGAUAUUGGUAAGAUAUUAGUCUAUUUUGACAGUUUAUUUGGAUAAUCUGAUCCUAGAUCAGCUUAUAUGAAUUAUCAGGGUACCAUGAUCUAGUAAAGCAGAUAAGCUGAUUAUAGUCUUCUGCAAGGUCACUCCUCUUGAUUCUCUUAUUGGCUUCAGCUUGAGGCUACCAAAGUUUAUUUAAUUCCAGAAAUCAAUUCAUUGUUGUGGAAGUGAAUCAGUUAAGUGCCAUAUCUUGUUUUCACUAGAGAAGGGACUACUUAAGGAUAUAGUCUGGUCGUGAUCCCAGUGCUGACCAGAGGAUCUUUAUUAGUAUAAAUUGCAUUGAAAGUGUUAUCCCCGAAAAUCUCCUAGAUCAGGGGUCCCCAAAUCCCGAGCAGUGGCCUUGUUUGGAACUGGGCCGUACAAGGGUGGGUGAGCGCAUGUACACACGAAACUCCAUUUGUGUGAGCGGCGCAUGUGAGCUCACCCGCCGCUUGUGUGGUAUCAUCCCUGCCCCCGACUGCUGUCACUACCACUGCCAGUCCACAAAGCUGGAAAGGUUGGUAACCACCGACCUAGAUGUGAAAAGACACUAUCCUUUAAAAAGCUUGUAUAAUGUUCCCAUUUUGUACACAUUUAGAAAGUGGAGCUGGUCUCACAAGAAAACUAUUGUGAAAAUAGUACUCUGGAUCUAGUGGUGAGAGCUAGCCCUUCCUUGUCUUCCAUAUUCCGUAUACCUAGCUUUACAGAGGAUAAUGUGACAUUUUGAUCUGUUUUUGCCACCCUUACCAGAAACCAUUAAUCACUAGCAUGGGCAGAAAAGCAUAUUAUGAUAGCAUAGCAUUCCUAAAAUUAGGAAUUUUAUUUUUAGGAAUGCUAUGUUUUCAUGCUAUGCUUUUCUGCCCAUGCUAAUAGCUAAUGAUUUCUGGGAAGGGUAACAAAAAACAGAUCAAAUUUCACAUUAUCCACUGCAAAGCUAAGCACAACGAGGCAGAUAAAUAAGAAGAUAUGGAAUUAAAAUGUAGACCCUCAUAGUGAGUUCCUACAGUCCCAGAAAAAUCAAUUUAUUGAAUUAGCUGAGAAUAGUGAUUCUUCUUUUAAAAUGAAUGUCUAGUACUUUGCUCCUAUGGAAGAUGAUGUUUCCAAUUUAGCUAUAAGCACAGUAGUAAAGCAAUACUUAUAAAAUAGAUAAUGCAUGCUAUUUUUUUAACCAGCUGUUUCAAAGCAAAAUUCAGUUAAGUUGUGCUAUUUAUUAGUAUUAUUUGGUAGGUACCAGUGAUCAGUUCUUUCUCAGCACGCAGUAAAUAUAGAUUAAGAUAUCCUUUACAUAUUAAUCCAAUUGACUUGAUAUAUAUGGCUGUAAGAACAAGUAUUCAAAACUCAGUAUAUCAGAAAGGGCCCAGAAAAAGGUAGAUUAGAAUCUACUAUUAAACCCUAGCAGAUCACCAGGUCAAUGAUUCCAAAUGAUUUAAUCAAAAUGAGACUAAAUGCUUCUUCUCAAAUGAGGGGAUGAAUAUUAAAAAAUAAAUAUGAAGAAACAGAAGUGAAGUUGUGUACAAACUCUAGUUUUGACAUUAAAAAGAAAUGCAUGGGUUCAUUUAAAUCUAAUUGAGCUUAGCUUGUAACAAAAAUGUAAGUUUGAUGAAUAGCAAUAGCCUGCCUAUUUUGUAUUUAGAAAAAUGAAUGUAUUCAAUCCAAAUGCACACAUUAUUUCUUAUAUAUUAAAAAGCACAACGACUUUG